AUGGAAGAUUUAUUAAUAUGUGACGCUCCACGAGAGAAGGUACCUUUCUCCGAAAUAAUAUUAGGCUUAGUUUUCAUGUCCCUUCUCGUAUGGAGCGUCACAAUUGAUCAAGAAACAGUGAUGCAAAGCUUAACAAGACUUCGUGAAAGUUCCAAGAAACGAAAAGUGAUGGAUAUGAUACAAGAUCUCCGCCAAUACCUUGAAGGACUUUGGCAGAGAUACGAAACAUUGGACAAGGAAAACCUCUAUUUUGAUAUCUUGGAUAGAUUUAAUGUUCUAAUUGCUGAAAUUAAGGGUCGAGAUCCAAGUACAAGUGGUCACUCAAGUUCUUCUUCGUUAAUAGUUUCUAAUGCUAAUUUGCAAGAUGCUCAGAAAUUACAUUAUCCUAAAUCCAGUUUAACUAAUAAAGCUGCACGACUUGUGAAACACUUAAGUAUUGCGAAAGCAAACUUCCUUAGUGCUUGGGAAAUGUUCAACAAAAGAUAUGAGAAUAAACGCGUGAUAAUUAAUUAA